AAAAUAGAAAAGGCUUGAAGAAAAUAUAAAACUGCAAAAAAAAAAAAAAAAAGGCUUCACCAAUUCCGGCGUGUAAGUCAUUCGGCUGCCAAUAAUUUUAGCGUCUGUCUUUGAUUUGAUUUGCUCUCAACAUCAGAUUUGAAAUUUAGAAAGAAAAAAGAAAAAGAAAAAUGGUGAGAGGAUUGUUGAAGAAGCUGGCGACUAAAUCGAUAAAGGUUGCCGGAAACUGGCAACAGCAGCAGCUCCGCCGUCUCAACAUCCAUGAGUAUCAGGGAGCGGAAUUGAUGAGUAAAUACGGUAUUAACGUUCCGAAAGGUGUCGCUGUUUCUUCUGUUGAGGAAGUCAGAAAAGCCAUACAAACGACAUUUCCCAACGAAAAGGAGUUGGUGGUUAAGAGCCAAAUCCUUGCGGGUGGACGGGGCCUAGGGAAGUUCACAAGCGGUCUUCAGGGCGGUGUUCACAUCGUCAAGAUUGAACAAGCAGAAGAGAUAGCUGGAAAGAUGCUUGGGCAGACUCUUGUCACUAAACAAACUGGCCCCCAAGGCAAAGUUGUCAGCAAGGUUUACUUGUGUGAAAAGGUGUCACUUGUGAAUGAGAUGUACUUUGCAAUCACUCUUGAUCGUACAACUGCUGGUCCCCUUAUCAUUGCAUGCCGAGAGGGAGGAACCAGCAUCGAAGACCUUGCUGAGAAAUUCCCCGACAUGAUCAUUAAAGUGCCAAUUGAUGUUUUUAAAGGAAUUACUGAUGAAGAUGCUGCUAAAGUUGUAGAUGGUCUUGCUCCAAAGGUAGCUGACAGAGACGCUUCGAUAGAACAAGUCAAGAAGUUGUAUAACCUUUUCCGUGAAUGUGAUUGCACACAGUUGGAGAUCAAUCCAAUUGCGGAGACUUCUGAUAACAAAUUGGUAGCUGCUGAUGCUAAGCUAAACUUUGAUGAUAAUGCUGCUUUCCGUCAAAAAGAGAUAUUUGCUCUUCGUGAUCCAACACAAGAGGAUCCUCGUGAGGUGGCAGCAGCAAAAGCGGAUUUAAAUUAUAUCGGUUUGGAUGGGGAAAUUGGAUGCAUGGUGAACGGUGCUGGAUUGGCAAUGGCUACAAUGGAUAUCAUUAAGUUACAUGGAGGAACACCUGCCAAUUUUCUAGAUGUUGGUGGGAAUGCUUCUGAAGGACAGGUUGUUGAGGCUUUCAAGAUCUUGACAUCAGAUGACAAAGUGAAGGCAAUAUUAGUUAACAUUUUUGGAGGAAUAAUGAAGUGUGAUGUGAUAGCGAGUGGGAUCGUUAAUGCUGCUAAACAUGUUGCAUUAAAGGUGCCCGUUGUGGUUCGUCUUGAAGGCACAAAUGUUGAUCAAGGAAAGAGGAUUCUUAAGGAAAGCGGGAUGACGUUGAUUACAGCUGAGGAUUUGGAUGAUGCAGCCGAGAAAGCGGUUAAAGCACUUAAAUCAGCUUAAAAGAUACCACUUGCCAUGUUUUAAUUCCUUUUUUGUCAGUUUUGAUAUUGUACUUUGAUUACGAAGUGAAGGCGGGCUUUUAAUUUUAUUAUCACUCUUCUGGAAAAUAAUUUUGAGAUAUUUUAAUUUCCCACAUGUUAAUCUCGGUAAGACGAUUCAAAUGUCAUUUAACCUUUAGAUUUCAAAUGUCAUUUAACCUUUUAAAUUUAAACUAUUA